AACCCACACAGUUGCAGUGGAACGUGAAGGUGCAAUGUUCAAACCAUGAUGCGACACACAAGCUCAUUCUCUCUGAUGGGAAGCUUUCUGAACAGUGGGCUACAGAUUCAGCUGACUGCUGCAAGACAACGCUGGUGAAAGAACUCAGAAACCAAGACAUUGUUCAAAUAGCAUGUGGGGACCAGCACGCCAUGGCACUGUCCAGAGGAGGUGAGCUCUUUACCUGGGGCCAGAACGCCCACGGACAGCUUGGAGUGGGGAGCCAAACCACGCUCAUCCCCCAGCCACAGCUGGUGGAGAGGCUGAAAGGCAUUGCGCUUGCUCAGAUUGCUGCUGGAGGAGCUCACAGCAUCGCCGUGUCGCUCUCUGGAGCUGUAUUCUCCUGGGGAAAGAACGAUUUUGGGCAGCUGGGACUCGGAGACACAGAAGACAGGGACUGCCCGUCGUACAUUGAAGCGUUAGAGCACUGGAAGUCUGUCUUUAUCUGCUGCGGGGCAGACCAUACUGCAGUGCUCUCCAAGGAGGGGUUGGUGUGCACCUUUGGAGCAGGGGGGGCUGGCCAGCUUGGCCACAACUCCACCCGAAAUGAAAUCGUACCUCGCGUGGUGGCCGAGCUGUGGGGAGCAAGAGUUUCACAGGUUGCCUGCGGCAGACAGCACACCCUGGUCUAUGUCCCCUCCUUGGACAAAGUCUAUUCAUUUGGUUCUGGUGAAGAAGGACAGCUGAGAGAUGAGAGAAAGCCUAAUCAGUUGAUACCACUUCCCAUCAAUUCACCAGUGAACACUGGAAAAGCCUACUGGGGAAACAAAACAUCACCAAAGGUGACUGAAAUUCUUGCAGAAGGAAACCGAAGUAUUGUCCUUUACAAGAAAAGCAAGAAUUCCUGUUUGAAUGGUAUUGCCACUCUGAAGGAUGAAGAUGUGAAUGCAUGGAUUUCUAAGUCCAGAUCGCAACACUGGGAGAGUGUAAAAAAGAAUAUCAGACUGAUCUUUUCAUCAGAGGCUUGCAUCAAUGGAAGCUUCCUGGAGAAAAGAGACAAACAUUUCAGAACUUCGAAGGAAGUCUCAGGUGUAGACAUGUCACAAGUGCAACAUUUUUAUGAGAGGAUCAGCAAGCACCCAAAAGUCUUGCAGGAGGUGCAAAAGGAGAUUGAGAAGUUACUGCCAUCGUUGUCUUCCUCGCCCACCUCACCCGAAAAUUUCAGAGUCUACUUGAUCUUGCCUUUCCUUCUGCAGGGAGAGGACGACAGCUCGAACCGUUCUCUCGGGCUGCUAGCGCAAGUCAUCACGAAGUUCCAGCCAAAGGACCUGCGAACUCUUGAAUGCCUGUGGUCAAAUCUAGAAGAAUCCUUUUUCAAGGAGCUGGUCACUGUAUAUCAGAGAGCUUCCCAGAAAAAACUGUCUCAAUUUGCCAUGCAAGUCAGAGAUUGUCAAAGAACCCCCUACUUCCUGUACCCGCACGAAACAGAGACUCUGCAAAUACUGCAGAUUCUUUAUGAGGUGAACUCCAGAACUGGCUUCCGAGUACAAGAAAACAACUUCUACGUGCCUCAAGUGAAACUGAUUAUCAGACUCUGUUUGCUAUUUAAUGGAACGGUCCUAUGGAAGCUGAUCAAAUAUCCAUGCAUCUUUGACAUGCAAGACAAGAUCGCUGCUCACUAUACAGAAUGCAACGCUCUGUCCAACCCCUACAAUGAUAGGUACUCUAGAGUGACGGGCAGGAACUACUGGCUUUUUCCAGUCAAAAGACAGAGCCUUCUGCAAGACAUAUGGACCCACUUAAAGAACGCACCAGACUGGCAAUUUGCGAAGACUAUAAAGCGGUAA